UUCCAGUCCUGUACGGGGGCACUUACUGUAUACACACACAUAUAUAGAGACUUCCAGUCCUGUACGGGGGUACUUACUGUAUACACACACACAUAUAGAGACUUCCAGUCCUGUACGGGGGUACUUACUGUAUACACACGCACAUAUAUAGAGACUUCCAGUCCUGUACGGGGGCACUUACUGUAUACAUACACACAUAUAUAGAAACUUCCAGUCCUGUAUGGGGGCACUUACUGUAUACAUACACACAUAUAUAGAGACUUCCAGUCCUGUACGGGGGCACUUACUGUAUACAUAC